GGCGCGGGGCGGGGGCGGUGCCCGCCCGGGGAAGGGAGCCCUGCCCGCUGCCCCGCCUGCCGCCGGGUGUUUCCUAGGCGACGGGGCAGUGGACGCGGAGUCCCCGGGCGGCCGCGGCGCGGGUGAGCUGCGGGGCCGUCCCGCGCCCGGGACGCGCUGGGUGGGUUGGAUGGCGGCGCCUUCGCGCGAGGCCCAGGCAGUUCCUUCCCUGCAGAGCCGACCUCGGGGCCCUCCGUGAACUGCCGGUCGCCGCCUCGCCUCCGCAGCUGAGGUGCUGGGUCGGCCGGGGACGCGUCUCCCCGGGCGGCGGGGGACGCGGGGCUGUCGGGCCUGCGCGCGGGCCGCCUGUCGGCGCAGAGCCCACCGCCGGACGGCGUCGGGAAACCAACGUUUUUAACGGAAUCGUGGCACGACCAGAACCAGUGGGAUCCUGCGCGGUGUGUUGUGAACCCCACACUGAGAGUCGAAUUUGAAUCCUCUGCCCGCCUGGCCCUUGACCAAGCCAUUCAGCCUUGUCCUCCAAAUCGAGGACCUGAGAGUAUUGCUUAAAGCUCUGCCCGCCGGGAGCAUCUCCUGUAAUCACCAUCUUUCAGGGCCACCCUGAGUGCGACUGAAGUCUGGAAGCAUUCCAUUUAGAGCUUUCACCACAUUCUGGAUUAUGAAUUCUCGAGAGGGGGCGGAAGAGCGCCCUUUUGCAGAUAUAUUUAAUGAAGAUGAAGCUGAAGAAAAUCUGCUGCUGUCUAAACCUGUUUGCUUUGCUGUAUUUGGGAAACCAGGGGUUGGGAAGACAACCUUAGCCCGUCAGAUAACACAGGCAUGGAAAUGUAUUCGUGUAGAAGCUUUACCAAUUUUGGAAGAACAGAUUGCCAGUGAAACCGAGUCAGGACUUAUGCUGCAGUCACUGCUGCUCAGUGGUCAGAGCAUUCCAGAUGAACUCGUCACAAAGCUAAUGCUGGAGAAGCUCAACUCCCGAGAAGUCUCUCACUUUGGUUAUAUUAUCACUGAAAUGCCAUCACUUUCACAAGAUGCCAUGACAACAUUGCAGCAGAUAGAACUAAUUAAAAAUUUAAAUUUGAAACCUGAUGUUAUCAUCAAUAUUAAGUGCCCUGACUAUGAUUUAUGCCGAAGAAUUUCUGGACAAAGGCAGCACAGCAGCACAGGGCACCUAUGCGGAAGAGACCAGUGGGAUCCCGAGAUCAUCGAGAGUCGCAGGAAGAAGGGAAGAGACGCCCAGAAGGAAGGGAAAGAGGAGGCAUUUAUUGCCAAAAUGCAGAUGGCGGCUGAAAUUCUUCAACAUCUAGUUCAGAGGUCUGAGGAUUAUUUGGAAAAUAUUGAGAACAUAGUUCAACUUUAUAAGGAAAUGAUUCUUCCUUCGUUAGAAGAAGUGAUGGCAGAACACAAUUCCCAGUAUCUCAUUGAGCUGGAUGGAAAUAAGCCCCCAGAGGAGCUCUUCAUGACAGUUAUGGAUCGACUUAAAUAUCUGAACCUAAAAAGAGCAGCUGUUUUAACUAAACUUCAGAGUGCAGAAGAAGAAAUUAAUGACACAAUGGAAAAUGAUGAGCUGUUCCGUAGGCUGGCAUCUUACAAACUUAUUGCGCCAAGAUAUAGAUGGCGGAGAAGCAGAUGGGGACGCACAUGUCCUGUGACUUUAAAAGAAGGUAAUCUUCAUCCAGGAUUACCAGAUUUUUCUGUGAGUUUUCUAGGUAAAAUAUACUGUCUUUCAUCAGAAGAAGCAUUAAAAACAUUUUUAUUGAACCCACGUCCCUACCUUCUUCCACCGAUGCCAGCACCACCAUUCAAAGUAUUCAUAUUUGGGCCUCAGUCUUCAGGGAAAACAACACUUAGCGGUCUGCUUGCCGAAAAUUACGGAGGAAAGGUUGUUGACUACGUCAAAGCUGUUCAGCCACGUUUUGAUAAAGCCCUUGAAAGCCUGGUGAGAAAUACUAUAGCUGAGGCCACGGAGGCAGCUAUUACGGCUGUGAAAGAGCAGCUGCUCACACAACUGCAAGCUAAGAGACAAGCCGAGUCAGCUUCCAGGGAGUCAGGUAAGGAAUCUGACGAGUUCCCCAGUGAUGCGCGGAGAAGCUUGGAGGACCUCCCCGCGCCCGCCGAAGGAGGGUUCUCUCGUGAGUCCCAAAGAGGAGGCUCUUCCCUGGACGGCGGAGAAACCCAGACGAAGUCAGGAAACGCCCUCAGUGAUGAAGCGGCCAAAACGGAUGACGACUCAAUUGAAGACACGAUAGAAGAGGUGACUGCAGGUCACCCACAGGUCCUUUCCAUGAUAGAGGAGACUGUAAAAAUGACAAAGGAUAUGAGUUUUGAAAACCCAUAUGAAAAACAUGCUGAAAUCUUAGAGGAAGUUCUCCAAGAGGUUUUCCUGUCAUCAGUUCAUUCCUCCAGGAUCACUCUGAGCACCUACCGCUUACCCUGUACUGCGCUGGAUCCUACAGACAUGAAGGUGGCUGAAGGAAACAAGGAGAGGUUCUCUGGCACCCCGAAAUACAGAGGGUGGGUACUGGACAACUGCCCUGUCACAAGAGAGCUGUGGCUGGCCUUGAUGGAGAAAGGAAUUGUUCCUGAUUUAGUAAUCUGCUUGUCUGACACAGAAAACAAUGGAAAAUGUUUACUUAAAAGACUGUAUUUAAAGAAUAAACUUGAAAUUGACUUAAAGAUUUUAGAAAGAUUAUCAGGUGAACUACAAGAGGAAAAAAAAGAGCAAGAAGCAGCGAGAAAAGCCAGAGAAGAGGCAUUGAGAAUGGAAGAAAAUCAAAGGCUACUGGAAGCUAUGAAUGAGAAAGCAAAAGAAGUGGAAGUGACUGAAAUUGAGGCUGAAGAAGAGAUUGAAGGUGAGGAGUCUGAAGUUCAUGAAGAGUCUGAGGCCCUUGAGGUCGCCAAGGAGACCCGAGGAUCCUUACCCGAGGGGUCAGAAGUGUCCAAGGGCCCUGAAGUAGAACUGGAAUCAGUAUCCGAGCCUCCUGAGGACAGUACAGUCAAAACAGAAAUCCCAAAAGGAUCCAAAGAGGGCCUAGAAAUGAAAGAAUUAACUGAAACAGUCGUACUGCCUGAGUUUCCGGAAGAUGCUUACCCUGAAGUUCCCGAAAUGCAGCCAGUUAAAGAUCAGAUUAGCUCUUUCAGUGACCUCUGGAAAACACUGGAAGUGACAGUCAACGACUCUUCCGUUCAAGUCUUAAACUUGGAAAUUGCUGGCAAAACACCAGAGGAGCUACUUCAAAAAGCCGCCGAGGCACUGGAGAAACCUUUCCAGUAUGCGGCGUGGGAGUUGGGUACCCAAGACUAUGAUGAAGAGACGGAAGACUUCCAGGCCGAAGCCGAAGUGGAUGAGGAGCCGGCAGAGGAGAAUGAAGAAAGAAUCAAGGAGAAGAGGAGGCUCUUGGGAGAUACAAAACACUUCUGUCCAGUGGUUCUCAAAGAAAACUUCGUCCUACAACCAGGCAACCCAGAAGAGGCAGCUAAAUAUCGAGAAAAGAUCUACUACUUUUCAAGUCCUGAGGCUAAAGAGAAGUUUUUGGAGCGUCCUGAGGAGUAUGUGGCUCACAAAGAACCACUCAAGGCUCCCCCGCUGAGAAUCUGCCUCCUGGGCCCCCGUGGCUCUGGUAAAACCGUCUGUGGACGGCAGCUGGCAAAGACAUGGGGCAUUUUCCACAUUCAGUUUGAGGAAUUUCUUCAAGAAAAACUAAUGCUCAAAACUGAAAAGAAAAUUGGGCCUGAAUUUGAGGAAGAGUCUGAGGAAGAGCAGCUGUCCAGGCAGGAGCUCGAGGAGCUUGCGAUCCGGGCCAACGUCACCCUCGGGGGAGAAAACGCCAGGAAACCGCCUGAAGAAGUACAGCUUACAGAAGAGGAAGAUGCCAUCAAAAUGAGUCUAAUGGAAAAUGAGCCACUGCCUCCUGAAAUCCUUGGGGCAAUUCUUUCUGAGUGGUGGUUUAAGGAGCCAAUACGUUCUACAGGUUUUGUAUUGGAUGGUUUCCCACGACACCCUGAAGAGGCUCAGUUUCUAGGGGACUAUGGAUUUUUCCCAGAUGCUGCUGUUUUUAUACAAGUUGAUGAUCAAGAUAUUUCUGAUUGCCUCCUUCCUUCACAAAUGGAAAAGUGGAAACUGAAACAAAAGAAGAAAUUAGAAAGGAAAAAGCUCAUCAAGGAAAUGAAGGCAAAAAUCAGGGAUGAUAUGAUUUCUAAAAGAAGGGCUGAACUUAUAGCAGAGCGUGAGAAAAACCAAAGAGCAGAGACGGGGAAAGAAGAUGAAGACAUCGGCGAGGAAGAGCCCGAAGCAGAGGAAGAUGGUAUCGAGGACAUGCUCGCAGACGAGUUUCCCAGGGGCGAGGACGAGGCCAGUGAGGGGGAGGAGGAGCAGGAGGCCCGCGCCCUGCGGCGCCUGGCAGGGGAGCUGGGGCAGAGAUUCGAAGCAGAUGCGAGGGCCUUACAAGCAGUACAGGAGGAAUUUGACAAGUUUUUGAUCCCAGUAAUUCUCAUUAACGGAGCUCGGAAGAUCCACAUUGUACAGCGUAUGUUGACUACGAGACUGAAACCUCUGGUGGAGAAUCGCGCGAGCAUCUUUGAGAAAUGUUACCCAGUAACCCCACACCUGGCCCAGGAAAUGCUCAGCUUCACCUACAAGUUCAUAAGUGCGUUUGGCUACUGGGACCCUGUGAAGCUAAGUGAAGGGGAGACACUCAAGCCGAUGGAAAAUGCAGAAAAUCCAUCCUACCCUGUGAUCCAUCGGCACUAUAUUUACUUCCUGUCUAGUAAGGAGACUAGAGAAAAAUUCAUGAGGAACCCCAUCAAAUACAUCCGCCAGCCCAAACCUAAGCCUGCUGUGCCCAUUAGGAUAGCAAUCGUGGGCCCUCCAAAAUCUGGGAAAACUACAGUUGCCCAGAAGAUUUCGAGUGAAUAUGGCUUAAAGCGCUUGUCAGUAGGAGAAGCUUUACGUUAUGUAUUAGACAACCAACCAGACACAGAGCUGGCACUCAUGUUGAACUGGCACCUUCAUAAAGGAGUGGCAGUGCCCGACGAGCUGGCCAUUCAAGCCUUGGAAAUAUCUCUAAUGGGAAGUCCAUGUGACACCGCAGGUGCUGUCCUCGACGGGCACCCCGUGACUCCACACCAGAGGAGCCUCCUGGCAGCCAGGUCGGUCAUCCCCGUGCUCAUCUUUGAGUUGGAUGUGCCUUCGAAGGAGAUCUUCAGAAGAUUGCUCCUGGAAAAGAAAAAGGAGCAAAGUUUGCCUUAUCCAUUACACAAUAGCUCACAGAUCAUGGCUGUCAAGAACUCAAACUACCGCAAAAAUAUUGUUGAGAUUAGGCAGUAUUAUCAAAAACAGCACCAGAACUGGUAUGUGAUUGAUGGAUUUCACAGCAAAUGGUGGGUGUGGAAUGAAGUCAUUAAGAAUGUUCAAGUGGUGAAUAAAUAUAUGCAGAUAUACCUGGAAAGAAUAAAAGCAGGGAAAGCUGCCUGCAUUGACAAGCUAUGCAUCACGCCUCAGGAGCUGCUCUCUCGCCUGGGUGAAUUUGGACAGUUCUGCCCCGUAAGCCUGGCAGAAUCAUAUGAAUUAGCUGAUUGCUCUGAAGCCGAGUCCUUGGAAUUUGCAGCAGAGUUCAGAGGGCACUAUUAUCAAAUGAGUUCUCAGGAAAACCUGCAUAAAUUUUUGGAGAACCCAGAAUUGUAUGUGCCUCCGUUAGCACCUCACCCACUCCCAUCCCCGGACAUGCUCCCCAAGAGGCUGACGCUGUCGGAGCUGAAGAGCCGAUUCCCCAAGAGCGCUGAGCUCCAGGGCUACUGUCCGGUGACCUACCAGGAUGGACGGCAAAGAUACGAAGCCCUAGUACCUGGUGACAUUAACUAUGCAGUAGAGUAUCGUGAUCAUAUAUAUAUUUGUGAGAGUAGAGAAAAACUCCAGAAAUUUUUGAGGUCGCCACUGAGAUACUGGGAUCAGAAGCUCCCACGCAAAGUCCCGCCGCCGGAGGAGCCGGUGCGUCUCUCCAGCCUUCCUUUGCCCGGAUACCUGGAACAGGGCAUCGCUACUUCUCUGAUUAAAGCAAUGAACGCAGCAGGAUGCUUAAAACCCAAAUUCCCCUUCUUGAGUGUGAAGAGAUCUGCACUGAUAUACAUCGCAUUUCAUCUGAAAGCCUCUAAUCCCAAAGGUUCUGCAUAUACAAGAAACAAGUAUAAGAAGAAGAUGGAGCGGUUUGUGGAGAGAUGUGAACUCAUUACGUACCUCAGUGCCGAGAUGACCAGAAAAUACAAGGAACCUCAGUUUAGAGCCAUUGACUUUGAUCAUAAAUUACAGACUUUUCUCUCUCUUAGAAAUAUAGACCCAAUUAAUGAGUAGUUUGCUUGGUAACUGCAACCAGAAUCUUGAGGGUGAUCUGAAAGGAACAGAAGGAAAUCGAUGGAAACCUGGCCCUUUGAUGUGCUCUCCCCUCCUGCGUGAUAUACCGCGGCUGCCAGACCCUAAACGGGCUCCCAGGCCUGCCGGCCAGGAAGGAGUCCUCUUCUGUAAGCAUGUUUCCAUGUCAUUUUAAGGCUUAUCGCUCUUUGCCUAAACUUUGAUGCAUUAACAAAAUAGUUUAGAACUCCAUUUAGAAUCCACUUGGUAUAUUUAGGUAAUUUAUUUUGCUAAAUCGAUUGUACAUUUUCCUUUAUAAAAUUUUCAGUAGAAAACUCUCUGUUAAACAAAAUUACACAAUAUACAUUAGAAACAAAAUUAACACUGAUAGAAAUAAAAUAGAAAUACUGGUUGUACUUUUAAUAUAAAGAAUUUGUAACUUUCACAAACAUAAGAUACUUUAUCAUUUUCCCAACAAAAAUAAAUGGAUUUUGAAAGAACUAAAUGUCUGCCUCUGUUCUUUUUCUUAAGUACUGAAAGAAGCAUGCUUUAUACUUAUUUUGUAAUUAGAAAUCAUCUGGAGCUUUAUGAAGGAUGAAAUCUGGAGUCUUAUCAAGACAUUAUGAAGUAUAUGCUAGAGGAAAACUUACUAAAUUGGAUUUGAAUGAAAUUUUCAGAACAAGAUUACCAAUUUUUCAACAGCAGUAUAAGAAAUCUAAAAUCUGAAGUAGCAAGAUUGACUCCUUUAAAAAUAAAAAAUGCAACUA